UUUUUUUCUGAGUUUGCUCAUAAGCUCUUCAAGUUUCCGGAACGAAGUCGGUUUACUGCUCAUUGGAGGAGACGGGAUCAUGGCUGCCCUCCUUCAUGCAGUGCCAAAGUUUCAGGGGCCAGCUGCAUGGGGGAGGCCUCUUCACCGACUGUGGUGCUGCACUGGGCAGGGAGAUCCCAAAAGGUGGGUGGGGAGGAGGUCUCCCACCUCACAGGAGAAGCCACCAGGCACAGAGACUGAGAAAUUCCACAUAAUCUAUCGAUUCUAUGCCAUCAGAGCACUUGGCUUUGUAUCUCGCCUGAAGCUGGCACAGACAGCUGUGACUGUGGCCGCCAUGCCCCCGGGCUUGUACUCAUACUCACAGGGCCUCCUGACCCUCAAUUCACUCUGCCUUGUGAGUGGGAUCUGCAGCUUUGCUCUGGCCAUGCUGUGUUGGAUGAGCUACUUCUUCCGGAGACUGGUGGGCAUCCUGUAUGUGAAUGAGUCAGGUACCAUGCUUCGAGUGGCCCACCUGACCUUCUGGGGGUGGCGACAGGACACUUACUGUGCUGUGUCAGACAUGAUACCCCUGUCAGAAUCCAAGGACCAGGUCCGGGAUGUGUUGAUUCGCAUCCAGCAAUACAGUGGCAAGCAGACCUUCUACCUUACCCUGCGCUAUGGCCGAAUCCUGGAUAGAGACCGUUUCUCACAAGUGUUUGGACCGCUGAGCACACUUAAGUAAAGAACAGCAACUCAGCCUCCUGUAGCCUUGGGUGCACUUGGAGUUUAGACAGGAAGGCCAAGAACGUUGAUGAGGCAGAAGCUAAUAACCAGGACUGGGGCUGAAGCCCAGUUGGUAGACUGCUUGUCUAGCAUGCAGGAAGUGAAACCCUGGGUUCAGUCCCUGGAACUGCAUAUAACCAGGCAUGGUUGUGUGUGUACCUGUUCUUUCAGCACUGGAGAAAAAGUUCAAGGUUUUCUUGGGACAAAAAAAGGGAAGAUAUUAGCCAACUUCA